AUAGUAGACGUUUGUUCUUUAGUCAAAAAUUCCUAGACUGUAUUGGACCCAGCGCAUACACUCUGUAUGCAAACAAGGAAAGCAACUUAAGCCACAAAAAUUUAAAAUUUUCCGGUUUUAGAUUUCUAUACUGUAUACAGCUGAUAAACACGGUAUUGUGUAAUACACGCAUACAUAAUUACUUUGUAACCUGUGUAUCAAAGUAAUAUGAUAGAUAGCAUCUCUUAAAUUCUAUAUUCAGUUGAGUGUAAACCCUACCCCUCUGCGAAAUCCAGGAAUGGGAAGAAUUGCUGUGAUCUUAAAUCAAGUUAUGACAGAUUAUUCGUUUUACUGCAUGCCAACGUCUGUACACACUAAUUUAUUUGUUAACAACACAUGAUUGGCAUAUCAUGUGUCUCCUGGGGAGAGGAAUCAAAUAACUGUUGUGGUCACAGCUUUGCUAUAAAUUUAGCCAGAAUGCCAGUAAUAGUCACUCGAUUCAAGAUCUUCAUUCAUCUCAAGGCAAAAAGUAUACCAAUAUACAUCCACUCGUUGCAAGUAUGAAGAGAACUCAUUCUUCGCAUAUCAUCGCUGCUGUAUUAUUUGCAACUAUCUCCAGCGUAUAUGUUGAGACGAAGUUCUGUGAAGUAGCGUGCACUAGAGUUUCGGAAUUGAAAAACGUUGGCUUUGACAAUUCCAAGGUACCGAUGUUUAUAGACAAAGGAAAAUGUCAAUCGAACUAUACAGUAGAAGAAGGCUGUGAGAUACCUCCUGCACAAGAUUGCGACCGUGUAUGCCAACCUCGUGCACUCGAGAUACAGCGAUACCACAACAGAGACGGACCACAGAUAGAAAUAGCAAUCAAAUCUUGCUACAGACCAAACCAUAGUUGUCUCAAUAAGUGUGAGCUGAAACGGUCCUUUGUGCACUUGUUCUCUGGAUCAAAAUAUCACCAGCGAGUUGAUGUGGGGAGAUGUGUUGGACCUUGUCAGGAGACAGAUCCUCGGAUACAGUGUGUAUCAACAAGAAAUGUCACUGAAGCAUUUGAAGGACCAAAUGGCUUUGUAACACUAGACAUUGUCAAAGAGUGUUCUUGUGGCAACACUAACUGCUAUCGAAGCGACUACUUUGAGUCAUACACGACAAACAACGCAAGUAAUCCAGAAAAGGUGUUGAAUGUGGGACGAUGUGUUGGAUCUUGUCCUGGAAUUACUUUGCCGGCCCAAUGCUUUCCGGACCCUGACAAUUGUGUCUGGGAACUUCAGCCAAGACCAUCCCACUGUGUGUCUACUAGUAGUACAAAGGAGGUGUUUACUGAUGCGAAGGGUAUACAAAUAAAAGUUCCUCUUAUCAAAACUUGCGGCUGUGGUUCAGGAUAGACCGUAUAGCAAUGGCAUAUAUAAACCCAAUUCUAUUAUUAUAUCACUCACUCAUCUCCUAUAUAUAUCAUAAAUAUUUUCAUCAUCGGCAAGAGAGGUCAUCAAAUUAUCUGCUCAUUGACGAUUCCCGAACAAGAGAGAGAAUUUCUCUUGCACAUUUCAUAAUAAUUGUUUGUACAUGAUUGUGAUACUGUUAUUGAAACGAUUAACGCUACAUC